AUGACGAAAGCGUCUCUAAACCGUGACGAUGUGUUGAUUCUGUUCGACGUGGAUGGCACACUAACGCCACCGCGACAAUCCAUCGCGGAGGAGAUGAAAACCUUCCUUUAUCAAACCGUGUUACCAAGGGCCACCCUGGGCGUGGUGGGUGGUUCCGAUCUGGAGAAAAUGUGCGAACAGUUGAAUGGGCAGGAAUUUUUGCAAAAGUUCGAUUACGUCUUCCCGGAGAAUGGACUGGUGCAGUACGAGUCGGGCAAAGAGAUGGGUAAAAUGUCCAUCAGCCAGCAUCUUGGCGAGGACGUGCUGAAGCGUUUUAUUAACUACUGUUUGCACUACAUUGCCGAUUUGGAGCUGCCCAUCAAGCGGGGCACAUUCAUCGAGUUUCGCAACGGUAUGCUGAAUGUGUCCCCGAUCGGGCGCAACUGUUCGCAGGAGGAACGGAAUCGGUUCUACGAGUACGAUCAAACGCAUCACGUGCGUCAGACGAUGAUUGACCGGCUGAGGGAGAAAUUCUCGGAAGUGGAUCUUACGUAUAGCAUCGGUGGACAGAUAAGCUUCGACGUGUAUCCAGUCGGGUGGGAUAAGACGUUCUGUUUGCGUCACAUUGCCAAACGUACGAAACCGUUCCGGGAAAUUCAUUUCUUUGGCGAUAAAACGAGUCCGGGCGGUAACGAUUAUGAAAUCUUUUCUCACUCGCAAACAAUCGGCCACCGGGUGGUGUCGCCGGACGACACUCGGAAGCAGUUGGCGGAACUGUUGAAACUGUAA